UUUUUAUCCGUCAGUCAGCUGCCAGCGGUCGCGUUAGCGCCAGCUUCGCCCAUGGAUACAACAGACCUGAUGUCGCUGUUUACAUUAGUCAGCUGUUGAGCUAGCUCACCCCGUGUUUACAAUGAAUUUCACAAACACCUAGUUUAUUCACGCGUGUUUUGUUUUGUGUGAUUACCUUCCUACGCUGUCCCAAGUGUUUUCGUGCGAAUCUCUUUCCGUUUGUGUUCUGUCUUUCUCAUCAAUUAGUGUUGUGUUUACCGUCUAACCUCCAAAAUGCCAUCUGUAGUAUCAAAAUAUGUUGAUGAUACCAUCCAAAAGUACAGCAUCCCUAAAGAAAAGCUGAGCCAAGGUGUCCUUGGGCUGGCAAUCCUCUUGUACGGUUGUAAAAUAGGGUACCCCUACUUGCAAAAAGCCUGCUCCAGAACAAAUACAAAAAAGUCAAAAAAAGUGUAUCGGAUCAAUUCAAAUGGGGAGCUGUCAGGGUGCAGUGAUUCGGACGAGGAGCGAAGGAUGAAUAAUAACAACAACAAACUAGCUGUACCGAAUGGUAAUGUGUCAGAAUUGCCGAAUGGUAAAAAAAACGGGGUACCCAAAGCACCUGUCAAGAUAAAAGAGCAAGGCAGUGUACCUGGAGUAAAUAAAGAAUUUUUGCUGCAGUUGCAAAAGUUAGUGAAAAUUAUGAUUCCAGGGGCCUGGUCAACAGAGGGUGCCCUGCUCGCGAUCCAUACACUUACCCUCAUAACCAGAACUUUCAUGUCAAUUUACGUGGCUACAAUGGAAGGCAAAAUGGUCAAGUUUAUAGUGCAACGUGAUAUUAGAAAUUUUUCUAUUAUGUUACUUAAGUGGCUAGGUGUCGCACUUCCGGCAACGUUUCUGAAUUCCAUGAUUCGUUACCUAGAGAACAAAUUGGCCUUGCAGUUUCGAUCUCGGCUAGUGAACCACGCGUACGGGUUGUAUUUCAAAGAUCAAACGUAUUACCGGGUGAGCAACAUGGACGGGCGGGUUGAAAACGCGGACCAUCGGCUCACCGACGACAUCACGGCCUUCACGUCGUCGAUAGCGCAUCUCUACUCGCACCUCACCAAACCCCUCUUCGACUGCGCCCUCAUCGGACUCGCCCUCGCCCACUCCACCAAGAAAAUGGGCGCCGCAAUCAUACCAGGACCAGUUUUAGCGAUAGCAGUGAUCUCGUGCACGGCGCAAAUCCUGAGAGUGCUGUCUCCCAAGUUCGGAGCUCUAGUCGCCGAGGAGGCGGAUAGGAAGGCCUACCUCAGGAGCAUCCAUUCCCGAGUCAUCACCAACGCCGAGGAAAUCGCUUUCUACGGCGGCCACAAGGUGGAAUUGACACAUCUGGAGGCAGCCUACCAGUCAUUGGUUUCUCACAAAAAUACCAUCUUCAUGCAGAGGCUAUGGUACGUUGUUCUGGAGCAGUUCCUUAUGAAGUACGUCUGGAGUGGAACCGGCAUGAUCAUGAUCUCUCUUCCCAUCAUCGCUGGCUCCCGGAUGCCGGGUGGUGCGGAUAGUGUUAGUGACAGAACUCAGUAUUUAACAACUGCAAGAAAUCUCUUAGUUAAUGGUGCAGAUGCUGUAGAACGACUGAUGUCCUCAUAUAAGGAAGUUGUGGAAUUAGCUGGCUAUACAUCAAGGGUAGGAGCAAUGUUUGAUGUUUUUGAGGAAGUUAGUGAAGGGAAGUAUAAAAAGACAACUGUGAACUCAAUAAAACAGUGGAGUGCGACUCCCUCUCUUCAAUAUGAUAGCAAUGGUCAAUUAUUAGUCAAAGGUAUUAUCCGGAAUUCACCAGAUGGAAGUAUAUCUUUAAAGGAUGUUCCAAUAGUCACACCAAAUGGGGAUGUGGUGAUCCCAAGUCUAACUUUAACAAUGAAACCAGGGAACCACCUGCUCAUCACUGGUCCCAAUGGCUGUGGAAAAUCCUCCUUAUUCCGUGUUCUUAGUGGCCUGUGGCCAGUUUACGCUGGUGAACUUCAGCGACCCCUUAACUGUUCAAUGUUUUAUAUUCCUCAGAGACCAUACAUGACAUUAGGUAGUUUACGAGAGCAAGUCAUAUACCCUGACUCAGUUUCGGAUAUGAAGAAGAAAGGACUCAGUGAUACAGAUCUUGAAAAGUGCCUAGCACGUGUUUCGUUAGCGCAUCUUGUUACCAGAGAAGGUGGAUGGGAUGCAGCUGCCGACUGGAAAGAUGUCCUCUCAGGAGGCGAAAAACAAAGGAUGGCGGUUGCUCGAUUAUUCUACCACAAGCCUGCUUUUGCUCUGCUAGAUGAGUGUACAAGUGCAGUUAGUAUAGAUGUUGAAAGUAAUAUGUACCAAGCAGCUAAAGAUGCUGGCAUCACCUUAUUAACUAUUACGCAUAGACCCUCUCUAUGGAAAUUCCACACGCAGUUACUCCAAUUUGAUGGUCAAGGAGGCUGGAAGUUAACAGAUUUGACAGAUGAGCAAAAAACGAGCGAGUCCCUGUAAACAAGAAAUACAAAAUGGUAUCUCAGCCUAAUUGUUCUUGCCACUAGCAUAGACCUCAGCGGAUAUUAUGCUAACAAUGAAUGAAUCCAGAUGGUGCUGAAAAGUUACUCCUAUUCCUUCCAAAAUUUCUGCGCAAAUUUUAUGUUUUAUGCUUUAAGCACUCGGAAACUAUGCCUGUGAAUUGUGAAUACUUAGAUUAAGUCAUCAUGUCUGAUUCAGUUUGCUUGGAGGAGAGGAAAUGCUCAGCCACACCUUUGUAUCUCGAAAGCAUAGACAACUAUCGAAUCAUUCAAGAAAGUUUUUAUAUUAUUGUUUUUUAGAACACCUGUGUGAUUGGAACGCCUUCUCUCCUCCGGUUGCAUAUACAUGAUUUUACCAAACUGUACAUUUUUUGUCAACCCUUCCCCUUCUAUCCCCAUACAUAAGGGGUCUCUGAAUUUUCCUUGGAAAGGAAAGCAUAUAUCGUAUAGAUCCCUCCAAUAAUGGAUUUUUUUCCCAGUAAGGCUAUUAAGGUUGUCCUUAUUUUUAACUUUGUUGUUAUUCAAAUAACUGACUUUCUAAAAAAUGUCAAAUUAGUGAGCUUUGAAGGGAAACAAAAGAUUUUUAAAAAAAAUUAUUCUAAUGACCUUACGCAAGGUGUCAAAUUGCUAAAAGUAUUCGGCAAAUCAUGCUUUUCGACAGAUCCUCACAUUUUUUUGAGCAUAUUGUGUUCGCUCUAGAAGUGUUUUAUACAUCUAUGAAGAAUCGUUUCAAAAGUGUUUGCCGCGUUCAAAAUUCACAAUUUCGGAAUUUUUAAGAAUGACAGCUAUUACAAUACCAAAACAGUUAAAAAUGACCCCCUGGUGAUGGCACUUUCAACAGCACCGUUUAUCCACACAAAUUUUAGAAAGUUCUGUAAGUAAUAUUUUUCAUGUUAUGGGCAUGAAAGAAAAACUCAGAUGCAAUCACCGUCAAAAAUAAGAUGGAACAACAUAUUUUGUUGCAAUCAGCUUGCAGAAAGGAUUGUUCAAAAAUAAAUCUAGUCGAAGGGUCUUGCAAAAUUUUUCUCUUUAAGAUAGAAAAACAAGGAAUAAAUACUCAUGAAUUAAGAAUAACCAAUUUUGAAUUUUUAUGAGGUUGAUAAAGAGAUGUCACAUCAUUUUGUCUUUUAUGGAAAGCCCUAAUCUUCAGCAGCACCAAAAAAGAUUCAAGUUUUUUUUGUUUCAAAAAUGUGUUUUAAAAAAAAAAUUAGAAUGUUUACUAUUGCAAAUGCGAUUCUAUUGUAAUCUGUUUUGCAGUGUAGUGAAACGAAAGAAAAUUCUCCAUGAGGAGCUCUGUUAUGUCACAGUAUCCACAAGAUGCUAAUAUCAGUCCCAAAAAAUCUGCCCAUGCUCACAUUUAUUCAAAUGAAGUUGGAUCACCAGAGGUCUUACUGUGAAUGAAAUGACCUACAUUCUUUCUACUGCCUGAAGAUACUCCCUGAUCUUUCCAGUGACCGUUUUACUUCCAGGUUUUCUGUCAUAGCACUGGUUGACUAAAAAUAUUGUAAGAUUUACUGUUUAUUUUAAGUCUACAGAAAAGUCUAUUUGGAUGUUUUCAUUCUCUUCCUGAAAUAUAUCAGUUUUUUCCAACAAACUA